AUGAUCGUGGAGCAAUCAAACUUGAAGUCACUUCAAGACAACAUCAACAAGCCAGCAAUCAUUUCAAAAGAUGAAAUUGAACAAUUCAUUGGAAUCGUAAUUUUAAUGUCUUGUGUGAAGUUGCCAUCAACGAGGAUGUAUUGGUCAAAACAUGUUGGCCAGUCUGAAGUCUACGAAACCAUGACGUGUAAUAGAUUUGAGGUUAUAAAGAAGAACUUACAUUUCAACAACAAUGACAAAUUCAAGCCGCGUGGAGCAGAUGGCCAUGAUAAACUUUUUAAAAUCCGGACUCUUUUGGAUCAAGUUCGGGAACGUUUGUUAUUGGUGCCGAAAGAUGAGUACUUAUCAGUAGAUGAGCAAAUAAUUCCCACCAAAUGUCGUCACGAAAUCAAGCAAUCUAAUCCUGCAAAACCCCAUAAAUGGGGUUAUAAAAAUCUGGUUUUGAGUGGUGUUUCAGGGUUCAGCUAUGAUUUCGACAUUUUUGCUGGAGAUCAAAGUAAUUCCUAUCCUUCAGAUGCACCUGAUCUUGGCGUCAGUUUUAACGUCGUAACCCGACUCGCCUCCACUGUACCUAAACAUAAAAACUAUAAAAUAUGUUUUGAUAAUUGGUUUAAUAGCCCAAAGCUUCAAGUUUAUUUAUUUAAAAGUGGUUUGCUAUCGUUGGGAACAGUGAGAUUAAAUCCUGUGCCGAACUCGAAUAUGCCUGUUGAGAAAGAUUUGAAAAAAAAGGGACGUGGAAGCAUGACAGAAAAAACAGCAAUCAUAGACGGUGUUAAGCUAAGUUUAGUGUCGUGGUACGAUAAUAAGGUUGUGAAUAUGCUGUCAGCUUAUGUAGGAAGUGAGCCGAAAACAACAAAACGGCGGUAUUUUCGGCGAGAAAAACAAUUCAAGUAUGUGACAUCUCCUCAAGCUGUGGAUGUUUACAAUCAGCACAUGGGGGGUGUAGAUUUGCUUGAUUCUAUGCUUGGCUAUUAUAGAAUCCAUUUACGCUCUCGUCAAUGGUACAAACGAAUUUUUUUCCACAUGGUAGAUAUGAGCCUUGUAAAUGCUUGCUUGCUAUGGCGCCGAAUCAAAGAAAAUGAUGAAUACAUGCCCUUGUUUGCUUUCAAACUCCGGCAUAUGCGUAACAUAUGCGUAAGGCAGGAAAGGUUUUAG